CUGCCAAUCAAAAUUUAAAUAGAACAUAACAUGGAGUGGUUCGGACUUGUUAAGUAUUUACUUUGUUUUGCACUCUUAUUUCUGUUGGUAUCAGCUGUGUUUUUGAGUGAACGUAUAAAAUAUCACUUUUUACGAGGAACGACGACACCGUAAUAUUUAUGAGGCCAUAAAAUAUAUAAUUAUUUAUUUCGUCGAAACAUUUUUUGCGGAUAUUCGAGAGGGCUUCGAUUACAGUCAACCUUUCUUAAUAUGGAUUAUGGGCACAACCUGCUCCUGCGUUGAGCCCUGUGAGAAGAAGCCUUCAUGUCUUUCCAACCUGAAAUACAAACUCCAGUACACAGCGGAGAAUAGACGACUGAACAGGCAAUGUCCUUGCACUAACAGAAGACCGAAAUGUUUGAAACGAAGACGUAAGAGAAAAAAUCCGUUUUGUGAUUGUGAAGAAACAGGAUUGCCUCAUCAUAAAAGUCAUGUUACUUAUGAUCGGGAAUGUCCAGUACAUCCCAACCAACAGCCACCACCGCCUGUCCAAACCCCGCCUCCUCAACAGAAGACAAUCUUGAGAUAUCGGUCAAGGUCUGCAUCACCGGCGACACCACAAAUUAAUGUAUAUCCAUUUCCACAACAAACGCAAAAUUUUCGCCCCGCUGCCACUGGGCAUCAAGCCAGGCCUCCAACACCAGCUACUAAAGAGGCGGGCACCUACACUAAUAUAGAAGAGACCCCACCAUCUGAACCACCCACCCCCCGGCUGAGCAGAUGUCCUAGGUCUAAACCACCGACACCAAUAUGUCCAAGAAAAACAAUUUGCACUUGCACAAAUAGAGAGAGCACACCAGUCUCUGAUAUGCGUUCCAAGUCAAAAACUUCAUCGCCAGAAUUCUCCAAAAAAUCUUACACAAGCACAGUUGAAACGGAAACAACUCCUUACGAACCUCCUGCGCCGUUUAUGCAAAAAACAUGUCUGAGAUCAAAACAACACCUGCCAGUUUGCCCGAGAAGAAUGGUCAUGAAUACAAAGCCUGCAUUUCAAACUCAGAGAUCGGAUAAGUCCACAAUGAGGACCAGAUCGCCGGAGUCCAGGUCUCCUUCACCACCCUGCAACAAAGAAACCUGCCCAUUUAUGACUGGUUUUCAAUCGAGUUCCCCAACACCGGAUAACGUAAAGAAAGUAUGCAUAUGUGCCAAUAGUGUUCAAGGAGACGACAGUAGUAACAGUUUUAUUGAGGAUUUGAAAAACGUACGCAGAUUUACUAUUGAUGCUUAUUUUGUUUAAAUAUGGGCAGUGAUGAAAAAUCUGUUGUAAAUAAUACGUAAAUUUUGAAGACAUGUCUUCAUAUUAUCAUCGUGUAUAUUUAUGUCAGGACCAUAUGGACAUACAUGCCUCUCUUCGAGGGACUAAUUAUGUUUGUGAAGAUUUUCGCGUCUUUUAUUUAAUUAUUAUUUAAUUUCUUAAUUUUAAAUUAUAACAAGUCUGCUUAUGUUGGAAUAUAUUUUGUUGCACAUUUUAUUCAUUGAUUUUAUGAAAUGUUCAGUACCUCUGACGUAUACGUGUACUCAAUAAAAAAUAACUACUUACAUAA